AUGAAUAUGAUAAAUCAGACCAUGGUCAAAUACUUCAUCAUAAGAGGAAUCUCUACUGUUCCAGAACUUCAAGCUCCAAUUUUCCUUCUGGUUCUGAUAAUUUAUCUCUUUAUUCUUGGUGGUAACAUGAUCAUUGUUCUACUGGUCUGCUCAGACCGUCAUCUCCACACUCCUAUGUAUCUCUUCCUGGCCAACCUAUCCAUGGUGGACAUAUCUUGUUCUACUGUCUCUCUUCACAAGAUACUUGAUAGUUUUGUAUCAGGGGAUAAGUCUGUUCCGUACCUUGCUUGCAUGGUGCAAAUAUAUUUUUUUGCAUCUUUGACUUAUGAUGAGCAGAUGGCACUGGCAGUCAUGAGUUAUGAUCGAUAUGUGGCCAUCUGUAAUCCUUUACGUUAUCACGUGGUCAUGAACCAGAAAGUGUGUGCUCUGUUGACCUUAAUGUGCUGGAUUUCAGGUUUCAUACAACUCCUUCUUCCUGUUCUAAUUCUAUCAGGCUUUUCUUGUUACACAUCUAAUGAAAUCAACCACUUCUUAUGUGACAUGGUACCUCUCAUGGAGAUUACCUGUGAUGACACUACAAUAUUGCAGGUCAUUAUCUUUACAGCAGGACUUCUUCUUUUUUACUUAAUUCCACUUCUUCUUACCUCCAUUCCUUAUAUCUUCAUUAUCACCACCAUCCUGAGGAUCUGUUCUAGCACUGGCAGACGUAAAGUCUUCUACACUUGUUCUUCCCACCUCACACUUGUCAUACUUCUCUAUGUGUCUAUAUACUUGCAGUACUUAACACCCAAAUCUACUAAAUCUACAGAAUCAAACAAGCUCAUUUCCAUGUUUAAUACUGUCCUUGUCCCUAUAGUAAACCCACUGAUCUACAGCCUAAAAAAUAAAGAUGUGAAGUCAGCCAUGAAGAGGAAGCUUAAGUGGUGUCAAGUGAUCACAUAA